AUCUACCGGUCAUAAGAUUUAGAAAGGUCAGCCGAGUGGUCAAUUCACUGAAAACGAGCACAAAAAGAACACCCUCUUGUCAUUUCUCCUCUCCUAUCUGGGACUACAAAUCGAUCAAAAAGUGACACUGUUCCCUUUAGAGAGGGUGAUAUUUAUCAGAGCUUCGGUAUGAACUGGUCUGUGUUUAACAGCAGCUGGUGGAGAAACCAUGAAACUAAAAAAACCUUGUACCUCUUGUUCUUGGGUCAGGUGGUCUCCUUCACUUUAGCUCUUAUGAGUUUCACUUCAUCUCUGAUUGCCACUUUAGGCGUGGAUGCGCCUCUAACACAGAGCCUUUUUGUUUACUUGAGUUUGGGCUUGGUUUAUGGAAGCAUCUUGCUGUAUAGGCGCCAGGGGUUACGGGUCUCUUGGUAUUGGUAUUUCCUAUUGGGGCUUGUUGAUGUUCAAGGGAAUUAUUUUGUUAACAAAGCAUACCAAUUCUCAUCAAUUACUAGCGUGCAAUUAUUGGACUGUGGAACUAUAGCAUGGGCCAUAGUUUUAACAUGGAUCUUCCUAGGCACUCGAUAUUCCUUAUGGCAACUCUUUGGUGCAGCCAUAUGUGUGGUGGGUCUUGUUUUGGUGCUCUUCUCUGAUUCAGGAGUGGGUGGUGGAGGUGGCUCAAGACCUCUACUUGGCGACACACUUGUCAUUGUGGGGACUCUUUUCUUUGCUAUGAGCAAUGUUGGGGAGGAAUUUUGUGUAAAGAAGAAAGAUCGUGUUGAAGUAGUUUCCAUGAUUGGUGUCUAUGGAUUUCUAGUGACUAUUUGUGAGAUACCUUUUAUAGAGCUGAAGAGUUUGGAGUCAGUCAGCUGGUCCACGAAUAUUGUAUUGGCUUUUGUUGGCUAUGCUCUUGCUGGCUUUAUGUUCUACACAGUCGCUCCCUAUGUUCUCAAGCUAAGUGGUGCUACAAUGUUCAACCUCUCAAUUCUCACUGCCGACAUGUGGGCAGUUAUUUUUCGCAUCUUUUUCUAUCAUCAACAGGUCAAUUGGUUAUACUUUCUAUCUUUUGCAGUUGUAGCUAUUGGGCUCAUCAUAUACUCAUUAACUGAAAGGGACCCUGAUCCUUUACCUUCUAUGGAGAAUGGAAAUGCUGAUGUUCAGUACCAAGUACUUGCCGAUGAAAAUGUUGUCACCAGGAAUGAGUCUUUGGCUGCAUGAUGAACACAGAAUUUCCAGUAGUCUUAUAUCUGAACUUGAUUCUGUAAUUAUAGCUGUUCUAUAGACCAUAGUAAUUAUUGGGCAUUUAUAAUAAGAUCUUUGAUUCUUCCACAGAUUGAUUCAAGCUUUUGAGGAGAUUAGAUUCUUUUUUUACCUCAAAAUUAUGCAAGUUCAGAGUUCACAAAGAUAAGUAGAAAUAAAGUGUUGUAAUUCUUAGUUCUAAUUCUGAACUUGAUUAUCUCAGCUAUAAACUGGCUUGCGUGUCUUGUAUAACACUAUGAUUUAUAAAAUAAAUUUGUAAAGAUUGGCAAACUA